GGGGAUCGAUGCUCUCCGCGCUCGGUUCCUGCCGCCCGCCCUGGCGCCCCCUGUCAUGGCGGCGCCCAGGGAGGAGACACGUGGCCUGUUCAGCCAGGGGGUCCGGGCGGUGCUGGGCAGCUGGGCCGCGUUGCAGAUCGCGGUAGAGCAUGGCUUCGGCGGGGCACACGGCCGGGCAAAGGCCGAGUGGCUGGUGGGCGUCGUGGAGCAGUAUUUCCACAGCAACGGUGAGACCCGCCGACACCGACGGGCCGUUCCCACCGGCAGCGCCUCAGGGCCCGGCUCCUCGAGCCCCCAAGAUCGCAGGGGGCCUGUGCUACGCCUGCCGUGAAUGGGACCCCAGUCUUGCCGCCCUGGAGCUGGACGAGGUGGAGGAUUUCCUCGCCGAGGUGCUGAACAACGAGUUUGACACCAUCAUUGAGGACGGCAGCUUGGCUGAGGUGAGCCAGCAGCUCCAGUUGCUCUUUGCCCGGUGCCAGCGCGGCGAGGGGCCGGCCCUGACGGAAGCCAUCGCCCGGCUGGCGCAGAGGCAGCAGGAGGUGGGCAGGGCAGCCGCCCAGGCCCGACCCGCCGAGGGGAGCAGCAGUGAGGAGGAGGAGGAGGAGAAGCCGGAGGAGGUGAUGGACUGCAGCAGCCCCGGGCCCCUCCCGGACCCUCCCCCGGCAGACGACGGCUGGACGGUCGUACGGAAGAAAAAGAAAUGAGGGGUGACCCCCCCCACCCCCGCGUGUGGCCUGGGGGGGCUUCGCUGCAGGGAGCUGGGCAGGGGAAGAAACCAGGUGUAGCCACAAUGUGUCGAUACGGCAACAGCUGGGGGGCGUUAGUCCAGUGGGGGGGGGGGGAAGCUGGCGCCCCUAGAGGGGACAGGCCCCGCCCCCCAUUCCCUGCCCUCCUGAGCCAGCCAGUCGCCUGCCCCUGGGGCCGGGUGGGAGCCGGCGCCCCCUAGAGGGGCAGGCCCCGCCCCCCAUUCCUUGCACCUUGGCUGAAAAUGAAACGACCCGAACAAAACAAAACCUUUAUUAAGAAAUCGGCUGACGGAGCUUUAACAACAAUGCCCGGCUCCCAGGAACUCUAGAAAAUCCGGGGGCCCCCCCAUCUCCUGGGGGGGGGGGAGUUGGGGUGCCCCCGUGGAUGGGGGGGUGCCCCCUAGUGGCCAGCCACUGCACGUCAGCAACAAUAAAACGGCGGUCUGCGAA